AACAGUGCUCCUAACCUUCACCACUCGUCUGAUACGAUGUUAUGGAAAUGAGUACUGUGAUUUUGCUGGGAUUAUGUACCUGCAGGAUUUCAAUUGAUAAAGUUUGAAUGUAAGGACUGGAGAUAAGUGGAGGUUGGUCCAUACAUCUACAAGCAGUGCUGAUGAAAGAAUCAGAGGCUGAAUCUCGAUUAAAGAAACAGAUCAUCAGAAGUAAAAGAGAAAUAGGACUAAGAUAAGGGUGAAGAAAGAGAAUUCCAAGGAUGCCGAGGUCUUUCCUUGUUAAAAAGAAACGCGGGGCAUUUGGAGCCUGGCAAUGGAAAGAGCCAGAACAGCUUGAGUGGAAACAAGAGAAUACAGUAGUGAGUACAAUUGUUAUGGAGCCGAUAUUGUGCAGUCCUGACACCCAACAGCAUGCAGCUGUGCAUCAGUCAGUAGCCCCCACGGGAUAUGGGACAGCAGCUGAAAUGAGAGAGUCAGUACCUUUAGCAGGAUCAGGAGCACCAGGGGCUGACAGCAGGCAUGAUUUGUCCACACUUAUGCUACAAGGCUCCUUCUACCAUCCCAGUACGCUGACACUGGUCAGCAGAGCAAAGCCCCGUCCCCGUGCUUCCCCUGGCUCAGGAGAUUUUAUGUGUUCAGUGUGCCACAAGAUAUUCCCCCUGCAGCGCAUGUUGACCCGUCACCUGAAGUGCCACAGCCUGGUGAAGAGACAUCCAUGUAGAUUCUGUGGAAAAGGAUUCAAUGAUACUUUCGACCUCAAGAGGCAUAUGCGAACACACACAGGUAUCCGUCCCUACAAGUGUGAACUAUGUGAGAAAGCCUUCACACAGCGUUGCUCUCUGGAGUCCCAUAUGAGGAAGAUUCACGCCGUUCAACAACAGUAUGCCUACCGCCAGAGACGCUCAAAGAUCUUUGUGUGUGAGGAUUGUGGGUACACCUCAAGCCGCCCUGAGGAGUACUUCCAUCAUGUGAGACAAUGCCAUCCCGGCAGUCCCGCCCUCCGCAGGUACUACCGCCGUCAGGCCCAUGAGAACAGCAGUUUUGCUUCAGCAGAACGUAAACUCAACCCCUAUCUGUUGUACUCAACCCCUGCAUACUAUAUAUAGGGUUGAUUCUAUAUCUGCAUGUCAUUGUAUUGUACAUGUUCAAUAAGUCCUUGAUUAUUGAAAUACCAUUUUUUUAGUUUUAACUUUUUUUUCUGGUCAUAUUCAACUUGAGUUUCACUCAAGCUGCCUUUACAUGAUCAGCACUAAAACCGCUUUGCCCCUGGCUUUGCUGUUGCUU